AUGAUCGACCACAAUCUCUUCGACGUGCAGUUUUACAAGUCUAGCCCCAAGUGGCUACCACAUGAGAUUGAACAUCUCAUGAAGCGCCCCUCACAGUGGGCUCAGGCGGGCAAGUUCAUACCCCUGAACAGCGACACGGAGAACUGGAAGAAGCUCGCCGGUGACGCUUUCGCGGUGCCCUGCCCUGCGAAGACGAUGUCGAGGUUCAUACACGCAUCGUAUCGCAAGCAGAUCACAUUCCGGCUUCGGAAGAAGUACAAGAUCCCCAGCGCGAUGUUCGUGGGCACAGCGCCGCGUGAGCCCACGAUGAAGGCCCUUGACCAAAUGGCUCCAACCAGGCUCAUGCGCUAG